CUACGAGACUGCGCUAGUGUGAGACGCAGCACUGAUUAUCAGAAAAAAAGGAGAGGGAGAGAAAAAACAGGCAGAGUUACAUCGAGCGACACCCAGUGAGGAGUGACUGCUUUUAAUCUUUUAAAGACAAGGACAUUUUGCAGAUGUUUUCAGCGCAGCAGAAUGGGCAUGCUUAUUAAGCAUUUUGCCAGGAGGAAUUUGUGGAGAAGAGUGAUUUGAAAAGGACCAGUAUUCACUCACAGAGGAAUUACACAGGGGACCCGAAAGCAGUACUUGUAUCUGACCGUCCAAAAAGAGUGCCUAUCGUUAUUGUCAGCGCGCAGGCAACGGAAUUCUGUGACGGGUUAAAUAAAAAGUGGUAAUGUCUUGAAGAAGUCCACAGUCCCGUUGGAAGGACGCGCCGCGGCUGCCGGUGCCCAUGGGAACGGCGGCUCCAACAUGAAUGUUCAUGAUGUUGGGGGGAGACGCCGCUUCGAGGACUCGGAGUUCACCCUGCGCAUCUACCCGGGCGUGAUCGCCGAGGGCACCAUCUACUGCCCCGUCAGCGCCCGCAAGAACACCACCGCCGCCGAUGUCAUCGCCGGCGUCAUCGACCGGCUCCGGCUGGACCGCACCAAGCUCUAUGUGCUGGCCGAGGUGAAGGAGUUUGGCGGCGAGGAAUGGAUCCUCAACCCCAGCGACUGCCCGGUGCAGCGCAUGAUGCUGUGGCCGCGCAUGGCGCUGGAGAACCGCUUCGGCGGCGAGGACUACCGCUUCCUGCUGCGCGAGAAGAACCUGGACGGCUCCAUCCACUACGGCAGCCUGCAGAUGUGGCUUCGCGUCACCGAGGAGCGCCGACGCAUGGUGGAGCGCGGCUUCCUGCCGCAGCCGCCGCCCAAGGACUACGAGGACCUCUGCAACGUGCCCGACCUGAACGAGAAGACGCUCCUGGAUAACCUGCGCAUCCGCUUCAAGCAGGAGAAGAUCUACACCUACGUGGGCACCAUCCUCAUAGUCAUCAACCCCUUCAAGUUCCUGCCCAUCUACAACCCCAAGUACGUCAAGAUGUACGACAACCACCAGCUGGGCAAGCUGGAGCCGCACAUCUACGCCGUGGCCGACGUGGCCUACCACACCAUGCUGCAGCGCCGGCAGGACCAGUGCAUCGUCAUCAGCGGCGAGAGCGGCUCCGGCAAGACGCAGAGCACCAACUUCCUCAUCCACCACCUCACCGCCCUCAGCCAGAAGGGCUUCGCCAGUGGAGUGGAGCAGACCAUCCUGGGUGCCGGGCCAGUCCUAGAGGCAUUCGGAAAUGCCAAGACCGCUCACAACAACAACUCCAGCCGCUUUGGCAAGUUCAUCCAGGUGAACUACCAGGAGAGUGGCACCGUCCGAGGGGCCUACGUGGAGAAGUAUCUGCUGGAGAAGUCCAGGCUGGUGUACCAGGAGCACAACGAGAGGAACUACCAUGUGUUUUACUACCUGCUGGCAGGAGCAACGGAGGAGGAGAAGAAGGAGUUCCAUCUCAAGAAGCCUGAAGAGUACCAUUACCUCAGCCAGAUGUCAAAGAAACCUCACAGGCUGCACUGGGAUAAUUACUAUGAGAGCGAAGCGGACUGCUUCACAGUGGAGGGGGAGGAUCUGAAGCACGACUUUGAGCGGCUGCAGCUGGCCAUGGAAAUGGUGGGCUUCCUGCCGGCCACGCGCAAGCAGAUUCUGUCCCUGCUGUCGGCUAUCCUCCACCUGGGCAACAUCCGCUACAAGAAGAAGACGUACCGCGAUGACUCCAUCGACAUCUGCAACCCCGAAGUGCUGCCCAUCGUCUCGGAGCUGCUGGAGGUGCGAGAGGAGAUGCUCUUCGAGGCUCUGACGACGCGGAAGACGGUCACUGUGGGAGAGAAGCUGAUCGUGCCAUACAAGCUGGCUGAGGCUGGCACAGUGCGGGACUCCAUGGCCAAGUCCCUGUACAGCGCCCUGUUCGACUGGAUCGUGUUGAGGAUAAAUCACGCGCUGCUCAACACUCGGGACCUGGAGGAGACCUGCGAGAUCCUGUCCAUUGGUGUUCUUGAUAUCUUUGGCUUCGAGGACUACGAGAACAACAGCUUUGAACAGUUCUGCAUCAACUUUGCCAACGAGCGGCUCCAGCACUACUUCAACCAGCACAUUUUUAAGCUUGAACAGGAGGAGUACCGUGCGGAGGGCAUCACCUGGCACACCAUAGACUACAUCGACAACACCAGCUGCAUACACCUCAUCAGCAGGAAGCCCACAGGACUGCUCCACCUGCUGGACGAGGAGUGCAACUUCCCUCAAGCCACCAACCAGACGCUGCUGGACAAGUUUAAACGUCAGCAUGAGGGGGGCAGCAACAGCUACAUCGACUUCCCAGCCGUCAUGGAGCCCGCCUUCAUCAUACGCCACUACGCCGGCAAGGUCAAGUACCGGGUCAAGGACUUCAGGGAGAAGAACACUGACCACAUGCGUCCGGACAUCGUGGCGCUGCUGAAGAGCAGUAAGAAUGCCUUCAUCGGAGGCCUGAUCGGCAUCUACCCCGUGGCCACCUUCCGCUGGGCCGUGCUGCGCGCCUACUUCAGGGCCGUGGUGGCCUUCCGCAUGGCUGGCAAGAGAUACACGGAGAAGAAGAGUGGGCAUGAUGAUUCGGCUCCAUGUGCAGUGUUGAAAAGUGUGGAUAGUUUUAGCUUUCUGCAUCAUCCUGUGCAUCAGAGAAGCUUAGAGAUCCUGCAGAGGUGCAAAGAGGAGAAGUACACAGGCGUGACGAGGAGAACUCCCCGCACUCCCCUCUCCGACCUGCAGGGGAGCAACACGCUCCACGAGCGACCACCACGGGAGGGCUGGAACGGACGUUCUCCGAUGCAGAGCCGGCUCUCGUCCACUGGCUCCGGGGGAUCGGAAGAGGAUGGCAUCUUUGUCAACUCCACUAGCAGCAAGCUCCUGGAGAGAGCUCAUGGCAUACUCAUGAGGAAUAAGAAUUACAAGGCGAAGCCAAGUCUUCCAAAGCACUUGCUGGAUGUCAAAUCUCUCAAGUACCUGAGCAAUCUCACACUCCACGACCGCAUCACCAAAUCCCUCCUGCAUCUUCACAAGAAGAAGAAACCACCCAGUAUCAGUGCCCAGUUCCAGGUGUCUCUAAAUAAGCUGAUGGAGACCCUGGGUCAGUCCGAGCCCUACUUUGUAAAGUGCAUCCGUUCAAACGCAGAGAAGCUUCCCCUGCGAUUCAAUGACGUCCUUGUCCUGAGGCAGCUACGGUACACAGGCAUGCUGGAGACGGUGCGCAUCAGACAAUCAGGAUACCCCAUCAAAUACACUUUUCAGGACUUUGCACGUCAUUUCCAUGUGCUAUUACCCGAGGGCUCCCGCACCACCCAGGAAAGCAUCAAGGAGUUCCUGUGCCAAGCCGACCUCGCCCCGGACACCUUCCAAGUGGGACACUCAAUGGUGUUCCUGCGGGAAGCUGCGCGUCUGCGCCUGCAGGACAUGCUCCAUCAGGAGGUGGUGCGACGCAUCGUGGCCCUGCAGCGCCGUUUCCGAGCCACGCUGGAGAGGAGGCACUACCUCAAGAUGAGACACGCCACCCGCCUCAUCCAGCAAUGGUGGAGAGGGUGUCUGGCCAGGCAUGCUGAUGAAGAGGAGGAGGAAGAUGAGGAGGAUGAAGUUGACCCAGCUGUCCAGCAGGGGGCAGCAGUAUGCCUUCAGGCCGCCUGGAGGGGCUACAGGGAGAGGAGAAGGCUGCUGCUCUGCAGGCAGGCAGCCUCCACCAUCCAGAGGAGCUGGCGGCAGUGCCGUCACCGAAGAGAGGGAGCCGCAUGCGUGGUGCAGGCCGCCUGGCGUGGCCACAGGGAACGCGAGAGCUACCGCAGGCUACGGCACUCCGUGCUGCUCAUUCAGGCUGCCUGUAGGGGAUUUUUGGCACGGCAGAGAUUCAGAGACUUGAAGGAGGAGAAGUUAAAAGAGCUUGAGCUGCUGAAUGGACAGACGGAAAGCUUCUCGCCAGAGGAGGAGAAGCUGACGAUCAUGGGAUUGGACCUUAGCACUUGGGAGGACCGCUCAUGUGAAGAAAGGGAGAUAGCUCUUCAGAGACUCAACAGUGAGAGCGAGACUUUGGUAGCAGAAGAUGCGGCGGAAGUUUGUAUUUCAGAGCUGCCCAGAAGCGAUGAUGCUUUGCAGAGGAGCCCGUUACACAGCAUCGCCAUCCGAGACCGGGCCAAGACGCUCGACCACGACUCCAGCCAGAAGACGAGAGCCAAGCGGGAGAGUCGCAGGAUGAGGGAGCUGGAGCAGGCCAAGUUCAGCCUGGAGCUGCUAAAGGUCCGUUCCACGGGUGGAGCGUCUCCAUCUGAGGAGCGGCGCUGGUCCACGGAGCUGACCACGGUGGAGGCAGGUGGCCUCCACUCACCUCAGGGUACGCCAGACAGCCAGAGCUCCAAGGGCAGCUUUGAACUGCUCAGCAUGGACGAGUGUCUCAAGGACCGGCCAGCCUCGGCAGCAGACACUCCCAUGGAGGAAGAAGCAGCUCCCACAUCUCCGUCCCUGGGACCUCCGGAGCAACCCGACGUCUACCCCCUCAGUCCGCAGACUGCCAACCCACCGGAGCCAGCAGUGCCUGAAGCCCCCUCCUCCCCAGCUCCAGUGAAAGCAGAACCUGCCAGCCCGCCCACGGUCCUCCCCAAAGUGGAGAACUACCUCCCGACGUUCUAUGUCCCCCCUGCAGAUAGCAGUAGUAUCUCUGCCGUCCCCAAGCCGCAGACUGCAGGGAAGAACCUGAAGGAGAAGAGGGAGUCUUCUCGCCGACCUGUGGUGGUUGUGAUCAGCAUGCAAAAGGAGACCGUCUUGGAGGAACCCACAAGUCCUCUAGUCAAAGACAGCUCUGCCCAGACCAGCGAGCCUCCCAGCCCUCUGCAGGUGGAUGGCUCUGAGAACCAGCAGCAUCCGCAGCAGCAGCAGCAAUCACCCUCGGUCCUGGAGAGACUCGAGAAGCUAAAUGAAGAGAAGGAGGAGCGGGAGAAGCACCAGCAGCAACAGCAGGAGCGCGAGAUGAUGGAGCAGAUCCGCAAGCAGAAGGAGGUGCUCGAGCGCCAGCGCAAGCAGAUCGCCCAGAUCGAGCGGGAGAUGUUCGAGAAGCAGCGGGACGAGGCCCAGCAGAAGAUCGAGCAGAGCAGGCAGGCGGCGUUUGUCCCUGACUGGGACAGACGAGAGACUCCGGAGAGGAAACCAGACAGGCCCAUGUCCCUGGAUGUAGGCCACGUCCGAGCACCGAAGGCCGAGCCAGAGAUCAUCACCCUUCCAGAGCCUGGUGCACAGUUCCCUCCUGCAUCCAAAGGCCAGGGCAAAGCUCCGGCACCGUUCUCCACGGUACGAGAGCGACCAAGGGACCGAAGGACUAUGCCAGAGGGAUGGGCACCUAAGCUAACUCUGGAAUCUCGAGAGAGCACUGGAGCCAGGCAAAGAGCACCGAAGAAGGCCCACUCUCAGAGCAUUAACAUCAACAUGACGGAGAGAUCUGGAAACCUCUUCUUCUCACCCAAGGAUAGGGUUUCCUUCACAAAGUUCGACAAAGACCGUGGUGGUCAGGAGAGGGCUGCAGCAAGCUUAAAGGAAACAUCGUCUGGCUUCAGGAGCAAAGGAAUGAAAGGAAGAGAGCAGGUGGCUAUUCCAGGCCAUAGAAAGAAAGCCCGCAUGGCACGGACGCGUUCCGACUUCCUCACCCGCGGCCCCGCCCCACAGGGCGAGGGCCAAUCGGAGGAAGACGAGUGCGACGACCCUCCUCUCUCGCCCCGCCUGCCCCUGGUUGGCGAGCAGGAGGCAGAGGAGGGGGCCGCAGCGGCGGCGGAGGCGAGUCACAGUGACUCCGAAAUGCCUUCCAUUGGUGCUGAAGACCAGAAACGUUUGCAUAAAGUCAUGUCAGCAGGAGAUUUGGGCAAAGCAGAUUCUCUGAGGAAAAACUCCACAAGUGAUGGAAGGGUCAGAGGGAAGAUGAGAUUCUGGGGCAAGGGGAAGCAAGGAGAUAAGAAGUCCUCAAGAGAUCGGCUGGUUUGUGGUUCAGACACACUUGAAGGGGACUACGGUGAUACUGGCCUUCUAUUGGGAGCAGGAGGCGAGUUCAUGUCCCCACCGCGCAGUCCCGAUCUGACCCUGGAGCGCGGUCGAGAGUGCAAGGAGAACAAGGAGCCGUCUCCCAAGGUGAAGCGGCGGCGCAGCGUGAAAAUCAGCAGUGUGGCCUUGGAACCCGCCCAGUGGCAGAACGACUCUCUGCAGAUACUCACCUGUGCCUCUGACUACAAGACCAUGAACGAGUUCCUCAUGAAAAAGAUUAAUGACCUUGACACUGAAGACAGUAAGAAGGACACUAUGGUGGAUGUGGUUUUCAAAAAGGCACUGAAGGAAUUCCGUCUGAAUAUUUUCAACUCCUACUCGACUGCAUUAGCCAUGGACGAUGGGAAGAGCAUCCGUUACAAGGACCUGUACGCGCUGUUUGAGCAGAUCCUGGAGAAGACCAUGCGGCAGGAACAGCGUGACUGGAGCGAGUCUCCUGUGAAGGUCUGGGUGAACACCUUCAAGGUCUUCCUGGACGAGUUCAUGACGGAAUACAAGCCAGCAAGACAAGACAGCACCUUAGCCAAGGCACCAAAGCCUGACCGCAAAAAGAGAAGGAAAAAGGACGCAGAUAUUGUGGAGGAGCACAAUGGCCACAUUUUCAAGUCCACCCAGUACAGCAUCCCCACCUACUGCGAGUACUGCUCUUCGCUCAUCUGGAUGAUGGACCGGGCCUGUGUCUGCAAAUUGUGCCGGUAUGCCUGCCACAGGAAGUGCUGUGCCAAGACCUUAACCAAAUGCAGCAAGAAGUACGACCCGGAGUUGUCUUCGAGGCAGUUUGGUGUCGAGGUGGCGAGGUUGACCAAUGACGAGCGGACCGUGCCCCUGGUGGUGGAGAAGCUCAUCAACUACAUCGAGAUGCAUGGCCUCUACACCGAAGGCAUCUACAGGAAGUCCGGAUCCACCAAUAAGAUCAAGGAGCUCAAGCUGGGACUGGACACAGAUGUGAGCAGCACAAACCUGGAUGACUACAACAUCCACGUCAUUGCCAGCGUGUUUAAGCAGUGGCUGCGGGACCUGCCCAACCCCCUAAUGACCUUUGAGCUCUACGAGGAGUUCCUCCGUGCCAUGGGUUUACAGGACAAGAAGGAGACGAUCAGGGCGGUGUACGGUGUGAUCGAUCAGCUGAGCAGGACUCACCUCAACACACUGGAGCGCCUCAUCUUCCACCUGGUCAGGAUCUCGCUGCAGGAGGAUACCAACCGCAUGUCUGCCAAUGCGCUGGCCAUCGUCUUCGCCCCCUGCAUCCUGCGCUGCCCAGACACCAUCGACCCACUGCAGAGUGUCCAAGACAUCAGCAAAACCACAGCAUGUGUGGAGCUGAUCAUUGGUGAGCAGAUGAACAAGUACAGAGCCCGGCUAAAGGACAUCAACAGCCUGGAGUUUGCGGAGAACAAAGCCAAGAACAGGCUGACGCUCAUAAGGAGAUCACUGGGCAAGGGUCGUGUGCGGCGGAUCAGCUACCACACGCCGUCUCCGCCGGUCAGCCCGAGGUUGGCGCCCAGCUCGGAGCCCAUGGAGGAGAGCUGGCCAGAGGAGCCGACGCCACCACGGGAGCCGGAGAUAUCGGAGCAGCAGCAGGUUGCCAUGCAGCAGGAGGAGAGAGUCCUCACUGAGCAGAUAGAGAACCUGCAAAAGGAGAAGGAGGAGUUGACGUUUGAGAUGCUGGCCCUGGAGCCGAGGGCGUCGGACGAUGAGACGCUGGAGUCCGAGGCCUCCAUCGGCACCGCAGACAGCUCUGAGAACCUCAACGUGGACUCAGAAGGAGCCACCUCCGACUUCUCUGAGCGAGGCCCAGCUAUGGCUGCCAUGGCCGCCGCCUGUGCCCGUCCCCGCAAGGCGGAGGGCAAGACGCGCCGCAUGCUGCGCAGGCAACCCGACUCCUUGGACUCAGUGGACUCCACCUCCACGGCCUCCUCCUCCAUCUCCUCCUCCUACCUGCACCCGCCCUCCUCCUCCUCGGCCGCCUCCUCCUCCGCCUCCCGCACGCGCGCCCGCUUCCGCUUCCGCUCCAAGUCGCCCUCGCCGGCCACGCUGCGGCGCUCCGGCAACGGCAACGACAGCGGCGGCAGCAUGGACGUGGCCACCGAGAACGAGCCCUUCGAGGAGCGCGCUCAGUUCACCAGCCGCGGCACCUUCAACCCGGAGAAGGGACGGCAGAAGCUGCACGGGGCCAGAGCCGCAGCAGCUGCAGCUGCAGAGGGUGGCGCUCGCCACCAGAGGGAGCCAGACCUGCCUCCCACAUCACAACAACAGCAGCAGCAGCAGCAACAGCAGCACCUAGUGUUGUAUGGCAGCAAUGAGUUCAUGGUGUGAAGAGUCCAUCGCAAAGGGGCCAGUCAUUUUCUUCCUCAUAGCCGCUUGAGAGAAAAGAAAAAAGACAUGGGGAGAAGGACACAUGCAGCUGCCUGCCUGCCUCCACCCGGCUCUGGAUCAUACGUCUAAAGCCCCCCCUUCUCCACACAUGCUUACACACUCGCUCGCGCACGGCCCCCUUCCUCCCCAUGUCACUUGCACUCAGCCAGCCAACCCGCCAAACCGGCAGGACAGCACAUGGCCUCCCCUCUGCCUUUCCAAGUGCCAAUACUAGCAGGUAGAGAGAGAGAGAGAGAUAUGUGGAGAGGUGGAGGCGGACAUGCGAGAGGAGGAAAGAAAAGAAGAGAGAGGAACGAGAGGAAGGUGAUGAUGGUGGAAGCUGGGUCAGCUGUUGGAUGGAUGGAUGGAUGGAUGUGUUUUUGGGCCUGAUGCCUUGGCCGGUCUGACUUGCCUUCAGAGCGGAGGAGAGUGGAGCGGAGAUGCUGUGGAGUCGUGGGAGAUGGGGGUGAGGGAGUCGGGUGUGGUGGAGCAGUUUGUGGGGGGACACAGGUAGAGAGGUGUGAGUAACCAACAAGAGCAAAGGGAACGGCUACUACUGCAGCAUGACUCAGUCAAGGGUCUGGGUCCAGUCAAGGUCUGGGUCCAUUGCACUCUCCAGGAGGGACUGGACCAGAAGCGGGCCACAGAAGGACUGGACUGGACCGGAAAAAACAAACACUACGACGAUGGACCAUGGAGACAAAGCCAUGCAACUGUGCAGGACUCCACGACUUCUCACUUAAACUACACACCCCCUCCCCCCAACCCCAGCUUGGCUGCUUUUUGCGUUUACAGUUUGUACGGACACCACCAGAAUAAGCGCCGUGCUCUGACAUAACAGAAAAAAACAAUCAGUUCCACCUCCCCCUCCCUCCAGACAUGCCUAUUUAAUGCAUUUUAAUAAUGUUGAAUAGAUCUAUAUAUAAAUCUAUAUAAAUAUAUUGUGUUAUAUUGGUUUAUGUAUAUGUUAUAUAUAUAAACCAUGUAUAAAGUUAAAAACGCCAGCGUUGCUGGGCUUGUUGACUUUAAGUAUUUAUCAUUGCUUGUCCUGGAUAUGGUCAAAGAGAGAUUUUCUUUUCUUUUUUUCGAAAUAGCAGACUCAUUUGAACAAGAUAAGUGUGCACACGUCAAUGUGAGUGAGUGGUUAUGUGCGUGUGUGUGUGUGUGUGUGCGUGUGUGAGAGAGAUUGCAGGUGGGUGUUUGCGAAAAUCACUUGAUGUGUUUGAAGUGUGUGCUGCUUCAUCUUCCUCCAGCGAGGACUCAAAGGGACCAAGCUAGCUGGUGUACAGAGGCUAGAUGAUCCCAGCUAUGUGAAGACUGUCAUGUACAUACAUAGAACACGUAAUACUGUACCAAAAAAAAAAUCACCUCUUUGUAACAGCGUUUCAAUACCUGGUAUGUAUGAAGUUGACAAAAUGCCAUUUUCAGUUUACUUUUAGUAACAUUUUUUAUGAAAGUUGUUGGCAAUGCCAGAUCUGAAAAAAAAAACUAAACACAUUAUUAUUAUUGUUAUUAUUAUUAUUAUUAUUAUUUUGUGAGUAUUCAUGCAUGAAAA